AUGUAUCAUCUCUUUGAAUCGUCGAAUAGCGCUGACGGGCGGGGAAAGGACGUCAAAAUUCUUUCACAGUCUUUCUUUUCAGUCAUUCUCGUUACUGCUGAAACGGAAACCAACAGCAAAAAGAAGUUUCACUCCAUUCACUUUCAUUUUCCACUUAGAUAUAUUCCAAUCUUUUUCCUAUUUCCCCACACCAAGAUUUUUUUUCCUUUUUCUCUUUCGUUUCUUUCUUUCUAUAAAAUAUCUAAAGAAGUUUUAAUUUGUUUUUCACACAUUUCCACUCUUUCUUUCUUUCUUUCUUUCUUUCUUUCUUUCUUUUUUUCAACUCUUUUCUUUUUCUUAUUCUUUCAUCAACUUUAUUUCUUUCUUUCCGUUUCUCAUUCGGUCAUUAAUUCUUUCUCGUACGUUUUAAAUUAUCCAUUACUUCAUUUAUUUUUUUUCUUUCCAUUCUUGCCAUACAUGUUAUUUCUUUUCCUUCAUUUCUCUCUUUUUCUCAUUCACUUUUCUUUCAUUUUUAUUAUUCUUUCUUUGUAUCAUUCUCUCCUUUCUUUCUUUUUCUUUAUCAUACUUAUUCCGACCGCACAACAUCUUUUUCCUUUCACUGUCUCAUUCUCCUCCACGUAUCCUUACACAUUGAAUCCCUUUCCCGGUGACGGCAAUGUCUCUUAG